AUGGGAGGGCACGGCAACCUGAACCUCCUCCCUCGCUCCACGACCAGACCCCGCACAGGCGGCACCGGCACGGGCGCGGUCGGUUCGUCGCCAUGCCGCUACUCCAUCCACUACCGCAGCGCCAGUAAGGUCGCCGCCGGGAGGAGGAGCGCGGCGACGAGUGUCUCCUGCUCCGCCGCCUCCUCCCAGGCGCCACCGUCGCAGAGCACAAUCAAGGUGGUCAUCGUCGGUGCGACCAAGGAGAUGGGGAGGGCGGCGAUCGCGGCGAUGAGCAGGGCGCGGGGGAUGGAGCUCGCGGGCGCCAUCGACACCCAGUGCAUUGGGAUGGAUGCAAGAGAGUUAAGUGUCAUGGACGAAGCCCCGGAGAUCCCGGUGCUCAAUGACCUCACCAUGGUUCUCGACUCCAUAGCACAGACAAGAGCAACUGGUGUGGUUGUUGAUUUCAGUGAACCUUCAUCUGUCUAUGACAAUGUCAAGCAGGCAACAACAUUUGGCUUAAGCAGUGUUGUAUACGUUCCUAAAAUCGAGAUGGAUACAGUAACUGAACUGUCAGCAUUCUGCGACAUGGCAAGCAUGGGUUUCUUGGUCGCGCCAACGCUGUCGAUCGGCUCGGUACUCCUUCAACAAGCUGCAAUCGAGGCCUCAUUCCACUACAACAAUGUCGAGAUAGUUGAAUCUAGACCUAACCCAUCGGACUUGCCAUCGCCAGAUGCAAUACAGAUUGCGAAUAACAUAUCUGAUCUUGGUCAGAUAUACAACCGACAAGAUAUGAAUUCCGAUAAUCCAGCAAGAGGCCAGGUACUUGGAGAAGAUGGAGUGCGUGUGCACAACAUGAUUCUUCCAGGGCUUGCCUCAAGCACAUUAGUCGUUUUGUCGGGCCCCGGAGAGGUUUACACAUUGAAGCAUGAUGUUACAGAUGUCCAGAGCUUAAUGCCAGGACUAAUUCUAGCAAUACGGAAGGUGAUACAGUUGAAGAACUUGAUUUAUGGCCUGGAGAAGUUCUUGUAG